CUGCAUGCAUGCUUUUACUGCAGUCUGGAUUUACUGCAUUUCUUAAGCUGCUGAAUUUACAUCUGGAGGACAUUAACGCUGUUUAAACUGAAUGGAGCUCGUUUCUUACAGAUUCAUAAAAUCUCAGCCUUUGUUCUGCAGUUUUAUUGCGCGCUGUUACAGCGAAAGUGUUUAAUCUGCUGUGCUUGCUUCCUAUUAUUAUGGUUGCAGCGAAAAUUAUGAGUAACGUUACGGUUAAUAGACUUUAACGUUGCUCUUUUCCAUCUUUUGUCGUUCUCGUUGGCAAUACGACAAGAAAUCGCUUUAAAUAAUCGAAUUUACAUUAACUACUGUUAGUUCAAUGGGUCUAAAGUUUGCUAAGACUCCGUUAGCUAGCGCACUAGCACGCUAUGCUAGCUGACCACCAAAUAUCUUUACACGAUGUAAACAUACAAGAAAACGGACGUCGUUUUUUAUUUUAUUUUAUUUCUUUUUGGCAAUCAAUCUGUUAAAGAGUCCACUCGAGGAACGACUCUGGAGAGCAGAAAGCUUUUCAGCCUCCUUCAGAAUAUUUUCAGGAAUAUGCCGUGAAAUGUCGGCCAGGCUGUGAGCGUGGUCAGGAUCCUGAAGGUAACAUUUCGAGAAGGACAUGGACAGCUCUGUGACACUCUGGCAGUUCCUGCUGCAGCUUCUGUUGGACCCAGGGAACGAGCAGCUCAUCUGCUGGACCAAUGAGGACGGAGAGUUCAAGCUGCUGCAGGCGGAAGAGGUGGCCCGAUUAUGGGGAGCCCGCAAGAACAAACCCAGCAUGAACUACGACAAGCUCAGCCGGGCCCUGCGCUACUACUACGACAAGAACAUCAUCAAGAAAGUCAACGGUCAGAAGUUUGUGUAUCGUUUCGUGUCGUAUCCUGACAUCCUAAAAGGAGACAUCAUGGCCAGGACCGAGGGUGCAGACGGAGGCUCGAACGGCCCUCUGCCUCUCUCCGACCAACCAGCAAACAUCUCCAGAGAUAAAGACAACAAAUCCAUCAUAGACCGAGGAGCGGGAGCACUGGCUCAGUCUAAAUCAUCCAGCCGGAAUGAAUACAUCCACUCCGGCCUUUAUACAUCCUUCACUUUGACCUCUUUGCAAUCAGGUACGCAACUUUUUAAAGCCACCAAGAAUGAAAACCCAGGAGAAAAGCUAAUGGAGAAAAAGACCAUCCAGGACUCACCCCAGCCGUUAUCCACAGUUAUCAAAUUUGGGACCAUGCCACAAAAAAGCAGCACUGCAUCUGCUAUAGGAAGACCUGAACUUCCAGAACAAUCAGCUCAAUCACCUCUGGCUGAUCCAGAAGCCAAACAGACCUCCGUCUCCAACGCUGUGUGUGCGUUUGUGGAGAAAACAUCUUCAGAGAACGCCAUGACAGGCUUCCCGGGGUCCAGCAUCUCUCCAUCAGUACUCCAUCAUUCCUCCCAGUCUCCCUCUUCUUCUCCCAUGACAGAUUCACAGCAGCUGGUGAUUGACAGUGAGAUUGAGUCUCUUUCCUCACAGCCUUCAGAGUUACAGCUGCAGGUCCAGCCUUUCUCUGUUUCUAAGGCCACAGUAUCAUCUUGUGUCCUGCCUGAUUCUCCACCCCGCAAUAUCAACUCCAAAUCGAAGAAACCCAAAGGCCUUGAGUUAAUGCCCACGCUGGUUGUGACCAGCUCUGACCUGAGCCCUUUCAAUCUGUCCAGCCCGUCCCUCCCGACAGCGUCUCUCACCCCGGCCUUCCUGCAGACGCCGCUGCUGCUCACGCCCAGUCCACUUCUGUCAAACAUUCAUUUCUGGAGCACGCUGAGUCCUGUGGCGCCGCUCAGUCCCGCACGGAGACAGGGAGCACACAACCUCUUUCAGUUUCCUUCUGUCCUGAGCUCUACGCAGUUCACUGUUCCCGUCUAUAAUUUAGACGGCACCAACACACCGGGCCCUCUCUCCCCCGACCCACAGAAGACAUAAGAGCACCGAGGCCAUCACACUUCAUCUCUGCCUCAUGUUCAUGAUUGAUAAACGCAGAUUAACCUCAUUCUGUUCACCUGAUCCGGCCCUCUUCAGGUAACCAAGAUUUAUGACCAUCGUUUAAGCAUCAAGAGCAUCCGCUUGACUCUUGAACUUCAUGAUGCUACAUACACUUUACCUUCGGAUGUAUAUCAAGCCAUCAGAAUGUGUCUGCGGGACACUGUAAAACUGUCCAUUCUUGAUUUUUCUCCACUGAGACUAAAGCAGAUGGAUAUUCAGCUCCGUCUCUUGCCAAUACGGGCAUCUUGUGCGUGUUUCACCAUUGUUUGAUCGGGAUCCUAAUUGAAUUUAGUUUCUUGUGGAGCUUAAGACUUCAAUUAAACUCUGAAGCGGUUCUCGUAUGACGUCAAGAGCCAGUUUUGCAUCAGAUAAAGAGCGAUCGCUGUAUAUAAUCCAGCAAGUUCACCUCGUCUCAACUCAUGUUUGCCUUUUGUUUGAGAAGUCCUCAAACAAGCCUGCCUUGCCAAGCCAAACCGCCCCUUUGCCUUGUGAUUUUGUUAAUGGCGACCUCUGUUUUAUCUUGUACCUUUCCUCAUGCUGCACUUAUACUGCCAUGUAGUUAACGUGUUUUGUCACAAUAACCACACGAACAGCACUUGAUGAAAACAAGCUGCACUUAUACGAAGGCUUUUGCGCCUGCUUGUGUUUACUAGCCAUCCAGAAAUAGUCAGGGGGAGGGGUCGAAAAUUACCUCAUGUAAAUGACAAACUAAAAAUGGAAAAAGGAAAUCAAGCACCAUUUGUUUUCAGGGUAGUACACACACUUUGGCUUAUAUGUGAAUAUUAUAAAAGGAACUCCGCACCAGCAUUUUUUGUGAGCAUUUUGUGCUCCGUGGCUAUUAGAGCUUUUGUGGUUCGUUUAUGGAGCAGUUUUUAUGGUAAAGCUAAACAAGUAGCUUGUGCAACGUUUUGACAACAUUUUAAUCUUAAAGAGCAAAAUGAACACAAUCAUUAUGAAACAAUCAGAAUCGGCAGAAGUCGAGUUUAUUAAAGUUUGUGUGAAGUCAACAUAUACUGUUUAUUUUGCUAGCUCACGCUGUUAUUCUUAAGGUGAAUAAUUAAUCCAUGCUAGUUAAUCGACUGAAAAAAGUGGCGGUUCUUCUCAGUUGAUGAAAGUUUGACACAAUAAGUUUCAGAAACAGUAUUCGUAACCACGCCUCUCUUAUCGUUAGUUUGUCGUUAGUUUUCGUUGUUCCCCUAUUCACAAUUUCAGUAGGAAGUUUA